ACAUAGUCUAGGUAAUAGGUAUAUGUGGUACAGAGAGUGUGUUAUACACAUAAUAUGCACAUACACAAAUACAGUAUACCCCAGGCCAGCCAGCGGCAAAAGUACUAGACAGUACUACUACUACCACUUCCCCAUCCAUGCAUGACAAUCCCAAAAAUGAGACAUCGACCCAACACUCUGGAUAGAUGUUUGCCUAAUCACCACCCCCUCACUACCUAUCCCUGCUCUCUCUAUCUAUCCCUGCUCUCUCUAUCUAUCCCUGCUCUCUCUAUCUAUCCCGGACUGAAGAAUUUAGACCAUAUUAUUUCGAUGGAUGAACAAGGAUAUAGAUUAUGUCCACGUAUGUGUGGUUAUCAGCUGAGCUUGGUUUAUCAUCGAUUAUAAAUAUAGAUAAGUAGUGGGUGGUGAUGGUGGUGGUGGGAACAAAAGUACCUUGCAUAAUUACUUAACUUAUGAUUCUGGGGGUUUGUGUACGGAGUACU